AUGGAUACUCCGAGUAUGCCACCCACCCAACACCAGCCAGCCGACUCGCAUCCCUACUCUGUCACCUUGGAUAUCGGCAGUCCCUCCUCCUUGUUCGGACGCUCCUGCGGUGGCAUCGACCUGCGGUGGGUGCGCUCCGUGGCCGCCGGGGGCAUCUUCUCCGUGUUCCUCCUCGCGGCCUACCUGAUCGCAUUCCCCUCCACCACAAUAUUCCAUCAACGGUACCCCUCCUCUGCCACCUCGUCUACCUCGUCGCAGGCCGGGACCCCACGCUUCGCCUACCUCGUCUCCGGUUCGGCUGGCGAAGCCGGCAGGCUGCGCCGCUGCCUCCUCGCGCUCUACCACCCACGGAACCACUACAUCCUCCACCUGGACGCGGAGGCGUCCGACUCGGAGCACGCCGAGCUGGCGGCCUUCGUGGCCGAGCACCCGGUUCUUGCCGCCGUGGGCAACGUGCGCGUGCUGCAGAAGGCCAACCACCAAGGGAGCAUCACCAUGGUAACCACCACGCUGCACGCCGCCGCCAACUUCCUGCCCGGCCCCGGCGCCGACUGGGACUGGUUCAUCAACCUCUCCGCCUCUGACUACCCGCUCGUCACGCAGGACGAUCUGAUGGACGUGUUCUCGCGGCUGCCGCGUGACCUCAACUUCAUCGACCACACGAGCGACACGGGCCGGAAAGCGUCCUCGAGGGCGAUGGCGGGGAUCGUCGACCCGGGGCUGUGGAAGAACGAUACCGAGAAGCAGGAGCUGCCCACCGCCUUCACACUCUUCAAAGGUUCUGCUUGGACGGUGUUGUCACGGCCAUUCGUCAAGUACUUGAUCCGGGGGUGGAACAACCUCCCGCGCACCCUCCUCGUCUCCUACGCCAACCUCGUCUCCUCUCCAGAGGCCUACUUCCACACCAUGGCCUGCAACGCCGAGGAGUUCCGGAACACCACCGUGAACCACGACAUGCGCUACAUCUUCUGGGGCGACUUCCCUGCGCAUCAACCGGAACUCAUCAACUCCAGCCACUGGGACAGGAUGCUCGACAGUGAUGCCCCCUUCGCAUGCAAGUUUGGCCAGGACGACCCAGUGCUUGACAGGAUCGACGUAGGGCUCCGGUCGCGGCAGCCCGGCAUGCUUGCCCCCGGCAGCUGGAGCAUCGGUGAUACCGGCGGCGAUGGCUCCUUCUGGAUCGUGAGGGACGCGACGCCACUGCGUCCUGGCCCUGGAGCAGCCCGGCUGCAGCGGCUCGUCACGUCGCUCUUGUCUGAGGACAACUUCCGGCCAAAUCAGUGCAAGUUAGUCGAUGACAACGCCUGA